GCGGUGCCCGCCGACCCAACGCGAGGCUAACUGGCGUUAGCUAGAGGGGAGCGGACAUGUUGUACCGUCCUUCCCUCGAAUAAACAUAAUAUUUAACAGGAAUUGGGUGUAUUUACAGGAGAGGUCAGGUGUAUCCGGCAAUCAUGGAGGCUGUGAACGCCUUUAAUCAGGAGUUAUUCUCCUUGAUGGACUCCAAGCCUCCUAUAUCUCGAGCUAAGAUGAUCUCCAUCACCAAAUCAGCCAUAAAAGCUAUGAAGCUCUACAAACACGUAGUUCAGAUUGUGGAAAAGUUUAUUAAAAAGUGUAAGCCAGAGUAUAAAGUCGCAGGCUUGUAUGUGGUGGAUUCCAUUGUGAGGCAGUCCAGGCACCAAUUUGGAGCAGACAAAGACGUGUUUGGUCCAAGGUUCACCAAAAAUAUCACAGGAACCUUCGAGAACCUCUGUCUCUGCCCAAUAGAGGACCGGAGCAAGAUUGUGCGGGUUUUGAACCUGUGGCAGAAGAACGGAGUGUUUAAGAUCGAGGUUAUCCAGCCGCUCUUGGACAUGGCUGCUGGCUCUGGCAGUGGUACUGCUUCCAUCACAAAUGCAGAAGAGCCAGGUUCUCCACCAUCUCCAGCCAAAGAGCCCAUAAAUGCAGUAACAGCUAACUCCACAACAACACCCGCUCCUCCGCUGCAUAACUCCGAUGCCCUCGCUGCUGUAGCGCAGCUCUUCCAGUCCACGCAGGGACAGCAGCUUCAGCAGAUGCUUCAGAACUUCCAGCAGCAGGUGGUGAAACCUGAAGCUAAUGCUCAGCUUCCUCCGUCGACAGCUCAAACGGCGGCCCAAAGUGUGCCCACAGGCCUGGCCGCAGCUGCUCCCCAACCUCCCGUUCCCUCGCCACAGCCUCCUCCACCCACCCACCACGCACAGCCCGUCCAGCAAAAGUCUACUUUUGACACGAAACUGCUGGACCGUUUUGACUAUGAUGAUGAACCAGAUGUUGGAGAAGAACCUAAAAAGGAUGAAGCAUCCUCACAGCAUACUUUUAUGCAACAGCCUCCAGCCUUCCCUCAGCACAUGGAGCACUUUAAUACACAGAUGAUGAACAUCUCACAAGACAUCUCACAACAGGUUCCUGUGCCUCCUAACGGCCAGCUGCAGGCUGGUGUUCUGCCUGGACAAAGCUUCCCUAUUGCUAUGCCAACGAUGGGUCAUUCUCUUCCUGGACACCCCCUGCCCAGUUUAGCUGGGCAUCCAGGCUUCCCAGGGGUAUACCCCCCUCAAAAUUCUAUCCAGCAACAACAGGAAUCUGCAGGUGAUAUGGACCAUUCUUCAAUGAGAGAUGGCCGACCUGGCCGACGGUCCCGUUCAGGCUCGAGAUCUCCGAAGAGGAGAAGGUCUCGAUCUGGCUCCCGAUCCCGGCGGUCCAGGCACAGGCGAUCUCGCUCCCGCUCCAGAGACCGCCGUCACCAUUCACCACGCUCUCGCUCGCAGGAGCGCCGGGAAAGAGAGAAAGAAAGAGAGCGCCGGCAAAAAGGCCUUCCGCCACCUAAGAGCGAGACUCUAAGCAUUUGUAGUACAACACUGUGGGUGGGUCAGCUGGACAAGAGAACUCAGCAGCAAGAUGUCGCCUCAUUGCUGGAAGAAUUUGGACAGAUUGAAUCGAUAAAUAUGAUUCCUCCACGUGGCUGUGCUUACAUUGUCAUGAUACACAGGCAGGAUGCCUUCAGAGCACUGCAGAAGCUCAGCAGAGGAUUGUAUAAAGUUAACCAGAAAGCAAUAAAGAUUGCUUGGGCUUUAAACAAAGGUAUAAAGCCAGAUUUUAAGCAGUACUGGGACGUGGAGCUUGGUGUCACCUACAUACCUUGGUCUAAAGUCAGAGAGGACCAGUUAGCAGAGCUCAAAGAGGGAGGGAUGCUGGAUAUGGAUACCUUAUCACCAGACUGGACUAGUGUGAGAAAGAGCUCAGACCACCCUGAAGAACUCACUCAUAAUGGCCGUUCUGAGCAACAGCAGCCUGAGGAAACCCAGGUUUUACCGAUGGCUGUUACUGCUGCUCCUCCUGUACAAGUGCCCUCUUUGCAGCAGCCAAUGGUUGGUAUGGGUUCUCUUCAACCCCCGGUAUUUCCUGGUCCUAUCGGGAUGCCUCCACCUGGCUUUGCUCCAGGCAUCCCCCCUCCUCCUUUCAUGAGACCUGGCUUCAACCCGUUGCAAAUGCCUCCAGGUUUCCCUCCCUCAGGUCCUAUGCCCCUUGCUCCCCCACCUCCUCCUAAAGGAGGAGUUGACGCCCCAUCUCAAGACCCAGCAGGUCUGGAUGCCAAGAAAAAUGAUGAAGCCCUUGAGAAUCCAAACUUAUUUAACAACCAAAUGGGCCAUUUAGGACCUCCAGGAGGUUUUCUAGGUGGACCUUUAACAAAUUCCACCCCUGGUGGUCCUCUAGUUGGACACCCAGGUGGACCUUUAGUUGGACACCCAGGAGGUCCCCCAAUGGGACACCCUGGUAGUCACCCAGUCGGACAUCCCGCUGGUCCGCCAGUUGGACAUCAUGGUGGGCCCCCUGUCGGACACCCCGGUGGGCCCCCGGUCGGACACCCUGGUGGGCACCCCGGUGGGCCCCCGAUCGGACACCCCGGUGGUCCCCCGGGGGGUCCCCCGGUCGGACCUCCAAGAGGUCCUCCAGCUGGACCUCCAGGUCCUGGUGGACACCCAGGAAGCAUUCAGUCCCCCUCUGGUAGUCUACUUGGUACCCGUCCUGGUAUGAUACGACUUCAGCACCCCCAGGGACCACCGCCAUCACAAAUGCAGCGUUUUCCUCCACCCCAUGGGCCUAGACCACCUCACCCCAACAUGCCCUCUGGGCCUCCACAGAUGAUGCCCAGGGGGCCACACCCUCAGAUGAUGCGAAACGAGCCACCGCAACAGCAAGGAGGAUUUGGGAUGCCACCUCCACACAACAUGAGAGGUCCCUUCCCUCGUGGACAUGGUCCGCCCCCUCAAGGUCCAGAUUCGUUUAUAAGACCAGGUGGUCCAAGAACCUUCGAAGGACAGGAGGAAAUGGAUGACAGACCACCCAGGGGAGACAGGCCUGGAUUCAGGGAUCGAGAACAAGAAAGGGACAGAGACUGGGAUCGAGACAGAGAAAGGGACAGAGGGUUUGGAGGUGGAAGACGUUUUGGUGAUGGAGGGAGAGGAGGCGGCGGUGACCGAAUGGAUGGGAGGGACAGGCUUGGGGGUUGGCAGGAGGAUUUAGGAAACUCCCGUGGGGGAGGAUGGGAGAGAGACCGGGACAGAGACCGCGAUCGGGACCGAGACCGUGAUCGGGACAGAGAUAGACGGGACUGGAGGGAGAGGCGAGGCAGCCUUGAUAGAGACAGAGAGCGAGGGCGCGGUGAUGAUGGUGAGAGGGAUAGGGUGAGAGUGGAGGGAGGAGAAAGAAGCAGGGGAGAAGGAGGAGGGAGCCGGGACAAAGCCAGAGCACCCGAAGUCAAAGGAGACAAACCAAGGCGGUCAGAGAGGCGAGAGAGGACAUCACGGUGGGAUAAGGAUGAUCGACUGGCCGAACUGGAAAACAUGGACAAGUUCAGGAGCUCUAACAGCACAGAGGUAACUGCUGGGACUCCUCCUGUUACUGUGGAAACCAGGAAAGAUCCAAUUGAGGAGCAAGCUAAAAAGAAAGAGGAGUCAGAACAUUUGCCUGCAGAGACGACUCCUGCUGCUGCUGAAAACCCACAGCCCUCUGAAUCUAAAGAGCUGGCUCAAAGUGAGCCCACAAAAACAAAAGAAAAAGAGGAAGAAGCAGCAGCAUCGUAGACCUUCAGCCUGUGGCUGAUGUGAAAGAGAGAAACUCAGAAAAAAAGUUUUGUCCACUGUAAUAGUCUCAGUUCUAACUAGUGACUGUUUGUCAGAUGAUCAUUAACAGUUCCUGGGCAGUAGCGCUUCUCCCACAAUGUUUUCAAGCAACAAAACCAAAUCUUUUCACAAAUCUAAUUACAGGUAUAAUCAGGCCUGUCAUUUUGAACAAUAGAUAUGUACUUUUUUUUUCCAAACCAAGGCUUCUACACAAAAGGGGAAAGUUCUUUUUGCAUCCCAAGUUUAUUCAUACCUUCAUGAAAUCACCUAAAUGAAGCGAGGACCUUCUUCACAGCUUGAAUCAUGUCUAUUUUAGUCACUUUUAACAUCUGCAACAUUUGUUGCGUAAUGAAGCCUGAUAAAGUUUUCUCUUUAUUACCCCUGUUAUUACAUUCUUGUGUCAUAUUACAUUAUUACCAGCAAAAAAACAAAAAAAUAGUUCUAAGGAUUUUUUUCUAACCUCUGGUACAUAAUCACACAAAUGUUUUUAUGUCUAUUUUAUCUGCAUGGAAUAUUUCAGAUCAUGAUUAAUUAGAGAAAUACAUGCAGGGUUUAAAAAAUAUUUUCCUUUCACAUAUUUAAUGACAGUAAAAUAUAUUACCACAUUAAUUAAUUUCAGAGAUUAAAUCUACAUAUUUCCUUUAAAAAAAUAACCUUUUCAUUUAUAAAGCUGGAAAACUACAUUUUGCAUUUGGUUAAAAAGAAUUUCGUCCAUUUUUGAAAUGAGUGGUCAAAAAUCUGAAAGGUCUGUGAUAGAUAAAAUUUCACAGAUUUGUAGAUGUGUAAUUCUCCAUUCAUCCUUAUUUUUUAAGAAUAGCUAAGAAUUUUGUAGUAAAAGACGUUCAGAUCUCCAGAAAGGUUUGAAAACUGAAAUGUUUUCUAUUCUUCACCU